AUGCCCGCUCAUCCCCGCCCACAUCCGCUCAUCCCCGCUCAUCCCCACCACCCCCGCUCAUCCCUGCCACCCCCGCACAUCCCCACUCAUCCCCGCUCAUCACCCGCCACCCCCGCUCAUCCCGCCACCCCCGCACUCCCGCUAAUUCCCGCCACCCCCGCAUUAUCCCCGCCACUCCCGCUCAUUCCCGCCAAACCCGCUCAUCCCCGCCCAUCCCCGCCACUCCCGCUCAACCCCGCCACACCCGCUCAUCCCCACUCAUCCCCGCUCAUCCCCACCCAUCCCCGCUCAUCCCCACCACACCGCUCAUCCCCACCACACCCGCUCAUCCCCGCCCAUUCCCGCUCAUCCCCGCAACCCCCGCCCAUCACCGCCACCCCGCUCACCCUCGCCACCCCGCCACCCCCGCACAUCCCCGCCACCCCCGCUCAACCCCGCCACUCCCGCUCAUCCCCACUCAUCCCCGCUCAUCAACGCCCAUCCACCACACCCCGCUCAUCCCCGCCCACCCCCGCUCAUCCCCGCCACUCCCGCUCAUCACCGCCCAUCCCCACCACCCCGCUCAUCCCCGCCCACAUCCGCUCAUCCCCGCUCAUCCCCACCACCCCGCUCAUCCCCGCAAUCCCACUCAUCCCCGCUCAUCCCCGCCACCUCCGCUCAUCCCGCCACCCCCGCCACUCCCGCUCAUUCCCGCCACCCCCGCACAUCCCGCCACCCCCGCUCAUUCCCGCCAACCCCGCUCAUCCCCGCCCAUCCCCGCCACUCCCGCUCAACCCGCCACCCCGCUCAUCCCCCUCAUUUCCGCUCAUCCCGCUCACCCCACCACCCCCGCUCAUCCCCACCACCCCCGCUCAUCCCCGCCACCCCCACCACCCGUCAUACCGCUCAUCCCCGCCACCCCGCUCAUCCCGCUCAUCCCAUCCCCGCCACCCCCGCCACCCCGCUCACCCUCGCCACACCCCGCCACCCCGCACAUCCCCGCACCCCCGCUCAUUCCCGCCAACCCGCUCAUCCCGCCCAUCCCCGCCACUCCCGCUCAACCCCGCCACUCCCGCUCAUCCCUACUCAUCCCCGCUCAUCCCCACCAUCCCGCUCAUCCCCACCACCCCGCUCAUCCCCAACACUCCCGCUCAUCCCCGCCAGCCCCACUCACCCCCGCUCAUACCGCCAUCCCCGCCACCUCCGCUCAUCCCCGCCACCCCCGCCCAUCCCCGCCACCCGCUCACCCUCGCCACCCCCGCCACCCCGCCACCCCGCUCAACCCGUCCAUCCCCGCCAUCCCCGCCACCCCGGUAG